GUUCAAAUGCUGCCGGCGGUCGGAAGAGUUGAUAGCUGAUCGAGCGCUCCGUUUGCGAUUUUGUUUCACUCGAGCACGUUGUUUAUCCCGGAUUCGUUUUCCAUCUUCGCGACCCACUAUCAAUAAAACAUCAAACAUGGCUGUGGAUUAUGUGCUGGAGGACCUGAUGGGGAAACUUGGGGAGUUUGGAAAGUACCAGUUCCUGCAGUUCUUCCUGCAGGUGCUCUCCGGCCUGACCGCUGGCAUGCACAUGCUAUCGCUGGUCACGGUGGCCGCCGUGCCCGAGCAUCGCUGCUUCAUCGAGGGCGUGGACAACAGCAGCUUGUCGGUGACACCAUGGAACUCGAGCGCUAUACUGGCCGCCAUUCCGCUGAAGCCCAAUGGCGAGCUGGAGUCCUGCCUCAUGUUUGAUCCGAGUAGUCCUGGCACCAAUGCCACCAUCAAUUGCGAACGUUACGUAUACGACACGACGUACUACAAGACCUCGCGCACCAUUGACUGGAACUUCGUGUGCGAUCGCCGUUGGAUGGGGGCCAUUGUGCAGACCGUGUUCAUGCUGGGCGUGUUCACGGGCGCAGUCACCCUUGGCGGACUCGCCGACAAAGUGGGUCGCAAAACCGUGUUCUGCUGGUCGGCCCUGUUCCAACUGAUCAUCGGUGUGGGUGUGGCCUUCAUUCCCGAGUACUUCUCAUUCAUGGUGGCUCGCUACCUGUUGGGCAUUGUGGGAUCGGCGGGUGCCUACAUCUGUGGAUUCGUGCUGACCAUGGAACUGGUGGGACCUACCAAGCGUACUGUGUGCGGCAUUACCUUCCAGGCUGUUUUUGCUGGUGGCAUCAUGUUGGUGGCCGGAUGGGGAGCACUUAUCCCUGACCGUCAGUGGCUGCAGGUGAUCUACGGACUGCAUGGCUGUCUGUUCCUGGGCCAUUGGUGGUGGCUCGAUGAAUCUCCGCGCUGGCUGUGGAUGCAGGGACGUGCCGCCGAGGCGGUGGAUAUUGUGGCCAAGGGCCUGAGGAUCAACGGAUCGGGCAUCCCGGUGGACAAGGAGUACUAUGUGCAAAAGGCGAAGCAGCAGGCGGCGGCCGAAGAAAAAUCCAGCGCCGGAUUGAGCGACCUCUUCCGCACACCCAACUUGAGGAUGAAGACUUUGAACGUGUGCCUCUGCUGGUUCGCCAAUUCCCUGGUUUAUUACGGACUAUCGCUCAGUGCCGGCAAGCUGUAUGGAAAUCCCUACCUGAUCCUGUUCAUCAUGGGCCUCGUGGAGUUCCCCAGCUACAUAACCAUUGUGUUCGUCCUGGAUCGCCUGGGUCGUCGAUCGAUCACCUCCACCCUGAUGUUGGGUGGCGGUCUGUGCUGCAUUGUGGCCGCCUACAUUGCCCAGGGCAGCACCACCUCCACGGCGGUGGUAAUGGCAGGAAAGCUCCUCAUCGCCGGCUCCUUUGCCGUAAUCUACAAUUACUCAGCCGAACUGUUUCCCACCGUGGUGCGGAACUCGGCCAUGGGAUUGGGAUCGAUGUGUGCUCGUUUGUCGGGAGCUCUUACGCCGCUCAUUACAUUGCUGGACUCAUUUGAUCCGAAGAUUCCGGCCGUGCUGUUCGGCGUGGUGGCCCUGAUCUCGGGCUUCUGGGUUAUGUUCCUGCCGGAGACAAUGAACCAGCCCAUGCCCGAGUCCAUUGAGGAUGGAGAGAACUUCGGAAAGGGAGAUACUUGGUUCAGUCAGUGUGCUGGUCGCAAGAAGCGCCAGAACAGCGUAUAUCCCGACGAUCCGGAGCAGAUGGUGCCGCUCAAGAACAUCGAGAGCAAGUAGAACCUAGCCAAAGACGAUUGUUUUCCAAGUCCACAAUCCAGUUCAAAUUCCUUGUUACCCUGUGUUUUCUUGUUAAGAAUUCUACUCUUCUGCCUAGUAGUAAGGUUUACUAGUUUCUAUCCAUUCCAAGUGAAUAAAAUGAUGUGCAGAAUGGGGUGAAUCCCAAUAUGUGGAUUCACUCGUUUCUGAGUGUCCCUUUGUUGUUUGUACGGA